CCUGCCCCUGUUAACGUAUCUGUGAAAGAUUUUUCUCUAUUCAUUUUUCAACUAAACCGAAUUAACAAUGGCCCGUACCAAGCAGACCGCCCGCAAGUCCACCGGAGGCAAGGCUCCCCGCAAGCAGCUGGCCACCAAGGCCGCUCGCAAGUCGGCGCCCUCGGGCACCGGUGGCGUCAAGAAGCCCCACCGCUACCGCCCCGGUACCGUCGCUCUGCGUGAGAUCCGUCGCUACCAGAAGUCCACUGAGCUGCUGAUCCGCAAGCUGCCGUUCCAGCGCCUGGUCCGUGAGAUUGCCCAGGACUUCAAGACUGACCUGCGCUUCCAGUCGUCGGCCAUCGCCGCCCUGCAGGAGGCCGCCGAGGCCUACCUGGUUGGUCUGUUCGAGGACACCAACCUGGCUGCCAUCCACGGCCGCCGUGUCACCAUCCAGCCCAAGGAUCUGCAGCUGGCCCGUCGUCUCCGCGGCGAGCGCUCGUAAAGCGCUGACCAAUUUGCUCUAGUCCGAUUUUCGUGUUUGAUGUUGUAGGAGACCUUGUGUUUUCUCGUAGGGACCAUCGGCUAGGGCAGACUGGGCCCAGAAUACCGAUUCUUUGUCUGUACAUUUACUUGGUCUAAUAAAAACCAUAAAAG